UUCCGGUUUCGUACUUCAUCCAUAGGGCGAAUCUGCGGGUGCUGGACUUCAUGCAUUUGUUUUACGCACUUUAUUCCCUUUCCACGUGCCUUUAACUUUCAAUCUUGAGCUUUAAAGAGAUGUUAAUAUUUGGGAAACACUAAAUCGUUAGAAUGUCUCUGAGACACCUGUCGGUGAAGGCUUUCCUUUUUCUCGGCCUUUGUCAAAUUGGACGAAGAGGAUUUGCCUCUGCCCCUGAAGUCAGAGAAGCGCCCAGGAAAAUCGCAAUCAUUGGUGGUGGUAUUGGAGGCACGGCAGCAGCAUUUUUCUUGAGGCAGGAGUUCGGACCUGCUGUGAAGAUCGAAGUGUUCGAGGCAGGGACUGUCGGAGGUCGUCUGGCCACUGAGAACAUUGGGGGACACGAAUAUGAGACAGGAGGAUCCAUCAUUCACCCGCUCAACCUGCACAUGAAACACUUUCUGGACAAACUCGGUCUGUCUGCUCGUGCUGAUGUUUCUUCUAAAAUGGCGAUAUUUGACGGGAAGGAACUGACCUUUGAAGAGAGCGACUGGUUCUUAGUGAAUUUCAUACGCAUGCUGUGGAGAUACGGACUCAACUUCAUUCGAAUGCAUAUGUGGGUGGAGGGAAUUCUGGACAGGUUCAUGAGGAUAUAUCAGUACCAGCAGUUCGGCUACUCGUUCUCCAGCGUGGAGAAGAUGCUGCAUGCCAUGGGUGGAGACUCGUUCCUCACUCUUGUCAAUCAGACGCUGGAGGAGGCCAUGCUGGCUGAGGGCUUCUCUCAGGUCUUUCUCAAUGACAUUGUAACGCCCGUCACACGAGUUAACUACGGACAGACUGUCCGAAUCAAUGGAUUUGUAGGUGCUGUUUCUCUAGCAGGAGCCAGCUCAGGUUUGUGGGCAGUGGAUGAGGGGAAUAAGUUGGUUUGUUCUGGUCUUCUGUACCACAGCAAAGCUGAAGUUGUUCCAGCUCGUGUGACUGCCAUCUCCAUGAAGACCAGACCGUCCAAAACUGGUCCUGUCACAAGUUUCUAUGAAGUAAACUACGUCGGAGAGUCUGGCGCUGCCCAUUCCACCUACGACAUAGUUGUAGUCGCCACUCCUCUGCACCAGGGCCUGUCUGACAUCAGCUUCUCUGGCUUCUCUCUACCUAUUCCGUCCCACUUUCCUGGCCGAUACCACCAAACUGUUGCCACUCUGGUCCAUGGUCUGCUCAAUGUGUCUUAUCUGGGCACCACACACAAGCCAGAAGACUUCUACAUUUCAGAUGUCCUCACAGUGGACAACACCUCAGAGAUCCACAGCUUGAGCUCUCUGGACCCAGUGAAAAUCCCCAAAGGCUACACCCGCAGUUCUGCCACCCAAAGCAAAGUGUGGAAGAUCUUCUCCUCCCAGCCGCUUACCCAGAAGCACCUACAACAAAUCUUCUUGUCCCAGGACUCUGUGUUUGAGAAGCGUUGGCUGGCGUACCCUUCGUACAGCCCACCGCAGCGCAGGACGCCUCCAUUCAUCCUUCAUGAUCGCCUCUAUUACCUCAAUGCAGUGGAAUGGGCAGCCAGUGCCAUGGAGAUGAGCGCUAUUUCAGCUCGUAAUCUGGCCCUGCUGGCUCAUCAUCGCUGGUACGAGCAGACGGCCAAAUCGACCAAGAGGACCUGCACACCCAGACUCAGAGGAGAACUUUGAUAAAGGUACAAGUAGUGCUGUUAAAAAUACCACUGCUAUUUAAUAUUUAUCAAUUUUUGCUAACAUUUAAGGGGGUUCUUAAAAGGCUAGUUCACCCCAAAAAUAAAAUCGACUCAAUAUUUACUCUCCCUAUAGUGGUCUGUUGAACACACACAAAAAGAUAUUUUGACGAAAGCUGAAAACCUUUAACCGUCGACUUCAUAGUAGGAAAACAAAUACUAUCGGGUUAGUGUUACAUGUUUCAGGUUUCUUCAAAUAACUUUGUGUUCAACAGAAGAAAGAAACUCAAGCAGGUUGAAACAAGUGAAGUGUGAGUAAAUGAUUUUUAUUCAACCCUUUAAGCACUGCUGAAUGGCCAUAGUGAUCAAAUGCUCCUUGCAAAGGACUGUGAUUAGCUACAAUGAUCAAUGCUUCCUUCUCUGCACUGAGUGCUAACAGAGUUACAAGAUAGCUCCACAAUCAGUGUAUCCGUGUAAGCGCUCAGUGAAGUUUGUGAAGCAAUGAUCAUUGUAGCCAACCACAGUCAUUCUGUUAAGUCCAUAAAACCAAUGGCCAAUCAGCAGUGAUUAAAGAGAUGGUUCACCCAAAAAUGAAAAAACACAUCAUUUACUCAUCUGCUUGUUCCAACUUGUACGUGGGUCUUUCUUCUAUAGAAACUCAAGCAGGUUUGAAACAAGGAUGUGUAAAUAAUUUUAUUUAUCCCUUUAAACACUGCUUAAAGUGAUCAAUUCUCCACGGAAAUGACUGUGAUUGGCUACAACGAUCAACGCUUCAUUCACUUCACUAACAGAGUUACAAGAGACAAAUUUCAAAUGCUCCAUUAUCAGUGUAUAUUGUAAGCACUCAGUGAAGUUUGUGAAGCGAUGACCAUUGUAGCCAAUCACAGUCAUUUCUGUGAGUGCAUGAAACCAAUGGCCAAUCAGCAGUGAAUAAAGAGAUGGUUCACCCAAAAAUGAAAAAUCUGUCAUUGUUUACUCAUCUGCUUGUUCCAAACCUGUUUGGGUAUUUUUUAUAGAAGCUCAAGCAGGUUUGAAACAAGUGAAGUGUAAGUAAAUGAUUUUAUUUAUCCCUUUAAACACUGCUGAAUGACUGAAGGGAUCAAAUGUUCCACUGAAAUGACUGUGAUUGGCUACAAUGAUCAACGCUUCAUUCUCUUCACUAAAAGAGUUACAAGAUGCAACUUUCAAAUGCUCCAUUAUCAGUGUAUUAAUGUAAGCACUCAGUGAAGUUUGAGAAGUGAUGAUCAUUGUAGCCAAUCACAGUCAUUUCUGUUGAGUGCAUGAAACCAAUAGCCAAUCAGCAGUGGUUAAACAGAAUAUUCACCCAAAAUAAAAAAUCUGUCAUUGUUUACUCACCUGCUUGUUCCAAACCAGUUUCAGUGUCUAUCUUCUAUUGAACAUAAAGACAGACAUACUGAAGAAAGAAAGCCAUUGACUUCCAUAGUAUUUUCUGUUCCCACUAUUGCUGUUUAUUUCUUCAGAAAAUCUUGUUUUGUGUUCAAAAGAAGAAAGAAAUUUAUUAAAGUUUAAAACCACUUGAGUGUCAAUAAAUAGUGAGGACAAGCAGGAAAUGCUAGGAUCAUCACAUUUAAAACCUCAGAAGUUGGUAUUUUCUGACAGCACUACAUACAGGGUGGUGUUUCAACAACUUUGGAUUUGGGUAGCAAUAAAAUCUCAUUUGGAAAUGAGAGAUUGGAUUCGCGUAAAUCAGACCUGUGAUGUAUAUUUUAAAGCCUAGUUCAGACUACACAAUAUUUUGUUUGUGACGAGUCAAUGUGUCAGUUUAUUGCAAUUUUGAUUCCUUUGUCAUAUCUUGGACAAAGAAUGUCAAAAUACAAACCAGUCAUUGCUUGUCAUUUGUCAUCUUCCAGAAACAACAGCAUAGACCAGGGGUCAGGAACCUUUUUUCAGCAAAGAGCCAUUUCAGAUUUUUUUUCAGAUCAAAUGCAUUGUGCAUGUGUGUAUGUAACAAAACCUUUAUUUAUGUCCAAGCACAACUCAAAAAUUAACAAAUAUGACGCAUCAUAAUGUAUAAAGGACAAUUUACAGAUUUUUUUUUUCCAUCGCCACUCAUGAAUGUGAGGUUACCAUAGAAAUGUAGAAAUAUAACUUGCCCUUUAUGUUGUCGCGAUUGAAGUUAAACCACAGCACCACAAAUGCAGAAACUGAUUUCUAGUAUCAUUUAGAUUUUUUUUUUAAUUUUGAAGUAUUAUUGAAAAGAGACACAUAUGAGCUGGAGAGCCACAUAUUGUUGGUCAAAGAGCCACAUGUGGCUCCCAAGCCAUAGGUUCCCUACUGCUGGCAUAGACAAACAAUUGCUACUGAAGUGGGAUGUUUAGUACUAGAGUUGUAGUGAAAAACAAAUAGUUU